UAAUCCAACUACACUACUAAACCAUUUUUCUCUUCUUCUCCUCUUAAUAAUUCCACUACAAUCCUUUCUCUUUAAAUUUCUUUCCGUUAAUUAUUCAAACUCCCCAACCAAACCCCAUUAUAUAUAUAUUACAUCAUAAUAUAUAUACUCUUUUAAUUAUUUAUUCCCUACACUACUUCUAUAUCUUCUUCUCGGUUGGUUCUGUUUGCAUCAGUUUCUAUAUUAAAACCCUGAAACUGAAGCAUCAUCACACAAAGCCUAUAUUAUAUAUAAUUUACUAGCUUCAAUAUUAACCCAAAAAUAAUAUAUAUAUUUUUUUCUUAGGGACGCAUAUAAAAAUAUAUAUUGAACAUUAUGUCUAGCAGAAGGUCAAGGCAACAAUCAGGGUCUAAUAGAAUCUCCGAUGACCAAAUCAUCGAACUUGUUUCAAAGUUGCGCCAACUUGUUCCUGAGAUUCGAGAUAGGCGCUCUGAUAAGGUUUCAGCUUCUAAGGUUCUACAAGAGACAUGCAACUAUAUAAGAAACUUACACAGAGAGGUUGAUGAUUUAAGCGAACGUUUGUCUCAAUUGUUGGCCACAAUUGAUGCUGAUAGUGCUGAAGCUGCCAUCAUAAGGAGCCUAAUUAACCAAUAAAAACCAAGUAUUUUAUUUAAAUAUUAUUAAUUAUGCAUGAUUUCCAUACUCAAGGAGAUCAUAUAUUAUAUGAGUGUACCUUUAAUUAACUUUAAAUUUCAAUUUUAGGGUGGUAAUUAUUAAUUAGAGUGCAGUUUGAUAUGAGUUAUAUUAUGUGUGCCUCCCCUCCUCUAUAUGGUAGGUGUAGUGCACUUUUAUUGUAUGGAAAAAAAAAAAAAGGGUUUUGUAAUAAGAGAAUUUAAGGACUUUUGUCUCAUAGUUAUAAUUAUUAUAUAUAGCUAUAAUGCGUGCUAUACAUGCAUGCUCUCAUUUAUAGAUGGGCCAAAAUGUA